GGACGCGCCAGACCUGCUGUGUAACUACUUCCACUGUCGUAUAACCCACUGUUUUUUCUGUGUCUCUCUAGUGUGUGUGCCCCCACUACCUGCAUUAGGUUGUGAUGACCCACACUACUUCCAAGUGUGAUGUGUGUGUGACCCUCCCCUUCAAACCCUGACUCCUAACCUUUCAUCCCUGACCUUUGACCCCCCCCCCCUGCUAUGGGCAGUGUUGGGAGUGGGGUGGCCGGAGAGCAGGAGUUUGCCAUGAAGUCAGUGGGCACACGGACCACGCUGCCCCGGGCCCCCCCGCUCUCUCGCCGCUGUCCCGACCGGAGCUGCAGUGCCGAGCGGCUGCCGCGCCCCCCGGCCACUGUCUCCGAUGGGACCGCCUCGAGCGACGAGCGGGGCAGCGUUAGCAUUGGCACUGGGACUUGUACCGGGACCGACCGGCCCACGGAGACCGCCUCCUCCACCAACGCCACCGAGUGCACCGUGGCCGUCCCGUCCAACAACAACGCCCAGAUGGACUGUGGGAACGUAGCGGGACGGCGGGAGAGGGAGUGGGAGCGGGAGAGGCAGCGGGAGAGAGGCCGCGACCGGGACCGCGACCGCGACUGGGACCGGGAGCGGCUGGAGAGGGAAGAGAUGGCGGCCGCCAGAGUGGACGGCGACACCAAUCCAGCCAGUCAGAACCCUCCCAACCACAACCCUCCCAAGAUACUUCCUGUUUCCGGGAAACUGGAGCACCUCCAGAACAAUUCGGGGCUGGUCCGUCCUUCAGCCUUCAAGCCGGUGGUCCCCAAGAGCUUCCACUCCAUGCAGAACCUGGUGGUCCAGUCGGGGGGAGCGGGCGGCGAGGGCAAGGCAGACGGGCGGAGCGAGGGGAUGGGCGAGGGCAGGGGCGGCAGGCGAGGCAGGGACGGUGUUGGGGAGGCGGGGGGGGAGGUCCCCGAGGCGCUGCUCCUGGACCAGGACAGCCCCAUCCGGGUCGGGCUGAGGAGCGAGGGGGGGCCGAUGAGCAACGAGAUGGCCCAGGGAGGGAUGUCCGACUCGGGGCGCAACUCCCUCACCAGCCUGCCCACCUACACGGGGUCCGGGUCGGGCUACGGACCCCCCGCUGUGCUGGGGCCCCUCAGUGCGUCCACCAGCCACAUCAACAGGCUGGGCACGGCAGGAGCGGCCGCCGGGCUGGAGAAGCUGGAGAAGCCCGGUUACCAGAACGGCCUCAGCGCCUCAGACAGCGGCCGCUCCUCCUCGGGGAAGAGCUCCUCGUCCUAUCAGAGGCUGAGCCACAUGAGUGACGCCCCGGCGCCGCUACGCCCCUCCCCUUCCUCCGAUGACAUCAUCCAAGACCUGGAGGACCGGCUGUGGGAGAAAGAGCAAGAGGUCUCACAGGUGCAGCACAUCCGCCGCAACCUGGACCAGAGCGAGGCGGCCAUCAUCCAGGUGUUUGAGGAGAAGCAGCGUGUCUGGGAGCGCCAAAUGGACGAGCUGAGGCAGAACUAUGCCUCGCGCCUGCAGCAGGUGACCCGUCGGGCCCAGCGCUCCCAGACCGCCCUUCAGGCUCAGAUCACUCGGCUGUCCCAGGACAAGAGGCGGCUCCAGGAGGAGAUGGCUGCCCUUCUGGCCCAGAGGGAGGAGCUGGAGAGGAAGUGUCUGGACUACCGGAAGGAGCAGGCGGACAUACUGCCCCGUCUGGAGGAGACCAAAUGGGAGGUGUGUCAGAAGGCCGGUGAGAUCUCGCUGCUCAAGCAGCAGCUGAGGGAGAGCCAGGCGGAGGUGACCCAGAGAGCUGGGGAAAUGGUGGCCCUCAGGGGCCAGCUGAAGGAGCUCAACGCCCAGCUGAGGGAACGGGAGGACGCUAUGCUCGGUCUGAAGGACUCAUACAGCUCCAAGAGUCGUGAGCUGGAGAAGUGCGAGGGAGAGCUUCGAAGGACUCUGUCUGAGGUUUCUAUGCUCCGGGAAAAACUGGGUGUCUUCGAGGCAGAGGUGCUCAGUCUGAAGCGAGCUCUGAGUGAGGUCGGCAGGGGACACGAGAUCUCCAUGGCCCCCAACUUGGCGGCGGCGGGGCUCUUGCCCCCGUGGGGGAUGAUGCACUGCCCUAGGAGCUCCUCUGAUCCCUCCUCCGGCGCCCUCAGCUCCACGUCGGACAACCUGCUCAGCCUGCAGAGCGACGAGGCCAAAGCCCAGCGGCAGGAGGCUCAGAGGCAGGAGAGGCAGCAGCGCGAAGAGGCCCAGUGGCGAGAGGCUCAGCACCGCCAAGACGCCCACAUCAGCCAGGACCUGCACAUGCGCCAAGAGGCCCAGCUCCGCCAGGAGGCCCAAGUCCGUCAUGAAGUCCAGCUCCGUCAGGAGGCCCAAAUGCGUCAGGAUGCUCAAAUGCGCCAAGAAGUGCAGCUCCGCCAGGAGGCCCAGCACCGUCAGGAGGCCCAGCACAGACAAGAAGGACAGCUGCGUCAAGAGCUGCAGCUACGACAGGACAGCCAAUUGUGCCAAGAACUGCAGCUCCGCCAGGCGGGGGACGAGGCCGGGGACCUGCGCAGGCAGCUGGAGCAGCUGCAGGCCACGCUGAGGCUGGAGCGGCAGCAGCGCGAGCGCCAGGCCCUGAACUUUGACCAGGAGCGACACACCUGGCAGGACGAAAAGGAGCGGGUUCUGAAGUACCAGGCGCAGCUGCAGCUCAGCUACGUGGAGACCCUGCAGAAGAACCAGGCCCUGGAGAAACGCAUGGGGCAGAUGGGAACCAAGGUGGCCACGCCACCCCCGCCACCACCAGCACCACCAGCAGCACUUUCCCCUCUCUCCUCCCAGGCCACAGCCUCCCUCCAGUCCCCCAUCGCAUUGACCCUGUCGCCACCGUGUGAAGACCAGAAGGGCCCGCCUUCGCUCCACCAGCUGGCCCCGCCCUGGGUGGGACCCACGCGCCUGGAGAGGAUAGAGUCCACUGAGAUAUGAAGAACGCAUACCAACAACAAAACAGUAAAGAAUACACCCUGAUAUAAGGCCUACCAAUCGAACAACACCACAGAAAACAAAAGAACAGCUUCUCUCAUCUCAGUCUAGAGUCAAAACAACAGUGUUCAUGUAAAUAUACCACAACACACUUCAAAGAUACACACGCCAAACAGCAACAAAGGCCUUUGUUAGAACGCUCCACAGUGACCAGAAGGUAGGAUCGAUCGUUACCUUUCAUCACCCAAGGUUUCAUGGUGAGGACCCUUUUUGUCGGUUGGUUGCUAACUGAUUCUGCGUUACCAGCCAUCUUUUAGUCCAAAGUGGUGGGAAGGCACACAACUAAAUUAUUUGAUUACAGCGCUGAACCCCGGUUCAAAAGAAAACAACCACACACAAAAAAUCAGGGAUAUUCAGAAAUGAUUGAUAUAGCGUGGUAUUUAUUCAUGAAGUGUGUGUGCAAGUGGUUACAUAUAAAAUCAAUAAUUAGUGAUUCGAAUGUGUGAUGGAUACUUGCGUCGUCGGCCACAGAGCGCCUUAUUCUAUGCUUUGAGGCAUUUUCUCGAACCCAAUGGCCUAUCAAUGACGACAUAAAUCUUAGCGAUAUCAUAAUUUUAGUAGUUAAACUAUCUUAUUGAAUUCAACCAAUCUGGCUGCUUUAUCAGUUACAUUAUUAUGUUGCCAAUGACCAGAUGAGUACUUUAAAACCCAGCAUAUUGACUCUCAACAAUUUCAAAUUCUGUAAAAAGCAAAACAAGCAGGUCAAAGACUGAUUUAUUAAUUAAUUUGAAUUCAUAUUAUGCAUGGAGUUCAAUGUGAAAGACACAUCUCAAUGCAUUAUUAAGAACUACAAAGUUUAUAUUUUAUAUAAAAAGGGAAUUAAAUGAGUAUGUUUGGUAGAUAAUCCUCCCCAUCUCUGAUCGGUUUACUACAUUCAGGGAUGGGAGAGACAUGCCUUCUCUAAAGAAAAAAGAACACUAGGGGUCGUCAGAGAGCUUUCUACUCCCUUCUCUUUUGACUCAAAAUGGUUCCUACCAUCUUCAACAAAAGGGCAAAAAGGUGUACAUAUAAUGAAAGCACACGAUCUGAAUCAAGUUAUAUUUUAAUAGUGUCAUUCACAUUGUGCUUUCACAGCCAAGAAAAUAGGAUCGUUUGGUUAGUAACCCCAAAGCUGAGAAGUUAUAUAGAAUGUAAGUAAUACUAGAGCAAGAUCCUUAAAGUUGUUAUAGAUUAUAAGUAUUUGUGAGUGUGGUUCUCUGUGUGUGUGUGUGUGUGUGUGUGUGUGUGUGUGUGUGUGUGUGU